AAAGGAAAGGAAGUGCUAGCCUGCAGGUUCAGAGGGACUUUUUAACUCCCCUGAGUCUAGCUUGCUGUUCUUCCCCUCCUCAUCUGUAGUUUGCCAGAUUAUAAACCCCUGUUUGAGCAAUCAUGUCGCAGAUGACUUCAUUCAGUUCUCGUUCAGCAACUGCCCCUUCUAACUUUUCCCAAGUCCGGAUCAGCUCUGUUUCUUCAUCGCGUGGAAUCAGAGGGGGUGGAAGCUUUAGGAAGCCAGGUGCCUUUGGUAGCACCAGUUUGUAUAACUUGGGCUCCAGCAGCAGGAGGAUUGCCCCGUCCUUCUCUGUCUCACCUUCGCUUGGAUAUGGCGGUGGUAUUCAAGAAGUCACUAUUAAUCAGAAUCUCUUGUCCCCACUCAACCUGGAAAUUGACCCAACCAUCCAGAAGGUACGCAAGGAGGAGAAGGAGCAGAUUAAGGUCCUCAACAACAAAUUUGCAUCCUUCAUUGACAAGGUCCGAUUCCUUGAGCAGCAAAAUAAAAUGCUGGAGACCAAAUGGAACAUCUUACAGCAGCAAAAGACCAGCACCCGGAACAACACUGCACCUAUCUUUGAGGCGUACAUUAACAAUCUGCGGAGACAGCUAGACAGCUUGCAGAAUGACAAGGGACGGCUGGAAGGAGAACUGAAGAACAUGCAGGAUCUUGUUGAGGAUUUUAAGAACAAGUACGAAGAUGAAAUCAACAAGCGCACCACUGCAGAGAAUGAUUUUGUUGUGCUCAAGAAAGAUGUUGAUGCUUCUUACAUGAAUAAGGUGGAGCUGGAAGCCAGAGUGGAUGGGCUGACAGAUGAAAUAAAUUUCCUGAGAGCGCUUUAUGAAGCAGAAUUGGCUGAAUUGCAGAACCAGGUCUCUGAUACAUCUGUUAUCCUCCAAAUGGACAACAAUCGGAAUCUGGACUUGGACAGCAUCAUUGCUGAGGUCAAAGCUCAGUAUGAGGAGAUUGCUAAUAAGAGCAGGAUGGAGGCAGAAAGCUGGUACCAAAGCAAGUUUGAGGUCUUGCAAGCCACUGCUGGAAAGCAUGGAGAUGACCUGCGGAGCACAAGGAAUGAGAUUGCAGAGAUUAAUCGCACAAUAUUGAGGCUGCAAGCUGAGAUUGACAGUGUGAAAAACCAGCGUGCCAAGCUUGAAGGUGCCAUUGCUGAAGCAGAAGAACGCGGUACGUUGGCUGUCAAAGAUGCCAAGGCGAAACUAGAGGAGCUGGAGGGGGCCAUGAACAAAGCUAAGCAAGAGAUGGCCCUCCAGCUGCGUGAAUAUCAUGAGCUGAUGAAUGUCAAGCUGGCUCUGGAUAUUGAGAUUGCUACUUACAGAAAGCUGCUGGAAGGAGAAGAGAGCAGAUUGUCUGGAGACGGAGCUGGUUCUGUAAGCAUGACCCUGCUCAGCUCCAGUGGUGGUGGUGGUGGUGCAUACAGCAGUGGAAGUGGUCUUGGCUAUGGUGGAGGAUUUACUCUGGGAAGUGGAAUGGGCAGCGGAGCCCUCGGUUUCACCUCUGGAGCUGGCUCAGGCAGCCUGAAAUCGACAUACAGUGUGACAAGCACAUCCAGGAGAAGCAUGAGAAAUUGAAAUAAACAAAGAAAGAGUCAUCACUGAAUAAAAGAAAUGUCCCUUCCUUUCCUUGCAACAGAAAAAAAAAAUUGGGCUUGGGGGAAGGGGGUUGUUUUUCCCCGGCACCCCAAAAUGGCCACAAUAUCAAGCAGUGGUGAUACAAAUUUAUAAAUUCAGGAGCUCCUCCCUACUUUCUUUAAACAGCCUUAAUUCUCUUCUUGUCCCCGCUUAGACCAAGGAGAACUUUGCUGUCGAUUUCACUGACAGCAGAGCAAACCUUGGUCAGAAGUGUCCAGAAAGUAACCAUAUGCUCUGGCUUUGAUGUAGAAAUGUGCUGCAUUUUCUUACCUUUGCAGAUUUUUAUUGGGAGUGGCGAAGGAGUUAAAGACAGAAAUAAAGUUGAGGCUAUCUUACUUUUCUCCUAAA